AUGAGGUUAACAACUAUAAUUCACAGUGCCUUUGCUUUGAUAGCCACACUAUUAUCGUGUUUUUGUUGCACAUGCCAUGCCAUUGCUAUUGGCAAAGGUCUCAUUAGAAUUGAUGACCAGAAUUUCAGUAUCAGAGAGACCGGCGUGCCAUUGAACCUUACAGACACCAGACUAUCCAUUGCAUUUACAAUUUUGAGAGAUGGUGAUUCUUCUGAGUUUGUAAACCCAAAACAAGUGAUGGUGUCCCUGUCCAGCCCAAACAUAGGGUCCGAAUUCUAUCUACAUCCACAUCUAAUUGAGGGCAAGAUCUACGAAUCCAACAUCUUGGUCAGCGAUAUCUCUUCAUUUCUUCUUUCUGCAGAAGAAAUCAAGGUCACUGUAAUUACGGGGGACCCAGAUACUACUUACAACGAUAUUAUCAGCUUGGGAAGCAUUAGACCAUCUGCGAAGCUUAGACAGAACAAACAUGUUGAAUACCCAGAUAGAUUCCAGGCUAAACCUGAAAUCCAUCAUAUUUUCAGAGAGCCUCCAAAGAGUUUGCCAACUUUUGUCACUUUACAGUUCUCCCUUCUUUUAUUCACCCUAUUGGCAGUAUUAUUUUUCUCAUGGAGGUAUUUUAAUGCGGUCAACUUUGAAAAUUUGGGUAAGUUGUCACCGUUCACAUUUGCUUUUUUGGCUACAAUAGCGCUUUUUGAAUACUAUUUCUAUGAUUAUUAUCUUGGAGCAUCUAUAUUCACGACUCUGUACAGGGUCGCAAUUACAGGAAUAGUUGCACUGUUUUUUGGAUCAAAAGCAUUGAAUAACCUGUAUUCCUUGAGAAUGGAGGAUAACCGUAAAACUGUUUAA